CAGAUAUAGUGAAUGCAGGGUCAGGGGAGACCGGAUAUAGUGAAUGCAGGGUCCGGGGAGAGCGGAUAUAGUGAAUGCAGGGUCCGGGGAGACCAGAUAUAGUGAGUGCAGGGUCCGGGGAGACCGGAUAUAGUGAAUGCAUGGUCAGGGGAGACCGGAUAUAGUGAAUGCGGGGUCCGGGGAGACCAGAUAUAGUGAAUGCAGGGUCCGGGGAGACCAGAUAUAGUGAAUGCAGGGUCCGGGGAGAGCGGAUAUAGUGAAUGCAGGGGUCCGGGGAGAGCGGAUAUAGUGAAUGCAGGGUCCGGGGAGAGCGGAUAUAGUGAAUGCAGGGUCUGGGGA